UAAAAAACUGUUCCUAGCCACUAUCCUAGUGGUGUCAGGUAGUUUGUUCCACAUUUACCAGCAAGCCAUUACAAUAAUGCACAAAUAAUCUUUAUAAUGCCCAGAUCGACACAGCCGUCUCACCUUUAUUUCGUCGAUCAUGUCUUGGGUAAAGACUCCUUUUUCAAGGAGGCCAUCACAGAGGUCCGAUGGGUCCAAGUCUCUCACGAGAUUAGUCCUGUUGCUCUGAAGAAUCUUCUUGUGGAGGUCCUCCAUUCUCAGUUCAAUAAUAACGCCCUCAGUGGAGGGAGACAGGAGAGUAACGUGAACAUGAGAACCGUGACUACACUGCAGAUGCUGUCGUUAUCUUAAAACGCUGCCACUCAUUUGCGAAAGGGACAUGGGACAUUGUUCCUGUACAAAUGUGAUACGUUUAUGUCUCAUUUAUUGUAUCUGCGGUCGGCUUGCGUUCGCCAUUUCCUUGUUUACAUCACCGUUGUCUGUGAUUGGUCCACUGAGAAAGGACGAGACAGAAAAAAAAACAGGGUGCGUUUGAUUUCUCUUACUGCACGCCACAAUCCACGUAGACUACAUAAAUGCAGGUGCUACGAACAAUAAACCAAACACACAGACACACACAGACACACACAAUAAGCAUUAUGAAGGCACUAAAUACUCAAUCUCCCGCAAUGACUUUCGCCACUGGGCGCCUCCCCCAUCAGCAGCGGCGGUUUGUGACUUCGCGCCGGAGGAGCUGCGGGAUGCUGCCGAACACACCCCGUGUGCCCUCCGCUCAUCUCUUCACAUCAGCGGGAACCAACAGGCUGAAGAACAUGGACAUCGUCUCCAGAUGUGAUGCGUAGUGCUGGCGGACUGCAUCUGCUUGAGGUAAACCUACUACUGCUUUGUUGAGGUUAAUACACUCAACAACGUAACUACGGUUUAAAAUGACGUUCAUGGUUCAGCCUCGUGAUGUCAGCAGGAUUUAACGUCUGUUCGCUGCGGUACUUAGCGGACAUAUUUUACCUAGCUUCUGUAGUCAGCGUGCUGUAGUGUCACUGUGUCUCAUCUUUGACGUAGGUGCGGAGGAAAGUCGACUGUGUCGGCCGAGUUUAAACACUGUGUCGAGAAUAAAGGUCCGAGCAUCCUCUAACGUGAUGGCGAUUCUUCUAGUGGUGUGUUCAAAGGUUUCCGUGAUGGCAGCAUCCCGGAUGUCUGUGCCGCUGGCUGUGGUGGUGGUCCUCUCCGUGCUGCUCACAGGAGCAGCACACGCCGGGCCCGAGAUGGACCCGUACAAGAUCCUGGGAGUGACCAGGAGCGCCAGCCUGGCCGAGAUCAAGAAGGUCUACAAGCGCCUCGCGAAAGAAUGGCAUCCGGACAAAAACAAAAAUCCAGGUGCCGAGGACAUGUUCAUCAAGAUUACAAAAUCUUAUGAGAUUCUGUCCAGUGAGGACAAGCGAGCCAAUUACGACCGCUACGGGCAGACUGACGACACCCAGCCGUAUGGCGGUGGCCGAUAUGGUCACCCCCACGACAGCUUCUACUUCGACGAGUCCUUCUACAACUUCCCCUUCAACAGCAAGAACUCAAGGGACUUUGCGGACAACAAGUACACGCUGCACUUCAACCAGUACGUCAACGACGUGGUGCCCGACAGCUACAAGAGGCCGUACCUGAUAAAGAUCACCUCCGACUGGUGCUUCAGCUGCAUCCACAUCGAGCCUGUGUGGAAAGAGGUGGUGCAGGAGAUGGAGACUCUAGGUGUUGGGAUCAGAGUGGUGGAUGUUGGCUAUGAGAGGCGGUUAGCCAAUCACCUCGGGGCCCAUCGCACGCCAUCGAUACUUGGAGUCAUCAACGGCAAAGUCACGUUCUUCCAUUACGCCGUAGCAAAGGAGCACAUCAGGCAGUUUGUGGAGGACCUUCUUCCUCAGAGACUAGUGGAAUGGGUCACAGACAAGAACAACCUGCAGUUCCUGAGCAGCUGGCACAAGCUCAACAAGCCGCACGUGCUUUUGUUCGACCAAGUGCCCGUCGUUCCUCUGCUUUACAAACUGACGGCGUUCGCUUAUAAGGACUACUUGCAGUUUGGCUAUGUGGACCAGGGCCUUUCAGAGACAGCUGAUCUGCAGAAACAGUUUAAUAUUAACACUUACGCUCCGACCAUGUUGGUUUUCAAGGAGAGGAUCGACAAGCCCGCUGACAUCAUUCAGGCAAAAGGAAUGAAAAAGCUAAUUAUUGAUGAGUUCAUGUCGAACAACAGAUUUCUUCUUGUGCCACGGCUGGUCAACCAGAAGCUCUUUGAUGAGCUCUGUCCCGUCAAGCAGUUCCACAGACGCAGAAAAUACUGUGUCCUGCUGAUCACAGGUGACGAAGAGACCUUUUCUUUUGGGAAUGAUGCGUUUCUCUUGUUUGCCUCGACCAAUACCAAGGAAGUUGUGAGAUUUGGUUAUGUGUACCAACGGCAACAGCAACCUCUUUGUGACAUCUUCACACAGAACAAGGACAGUGAAGAGUCUUCAGCACAGGUGGUGAUCCUUGAGAGGCGUAAUGCUGCAGGGAAGGCCUUGUUCAAGCCAGUGACCGCCUGGAACGGCAGCAAGGAAGACAAUCAGUGUCUUCUGGAGGAGCUGGAGCGAUUGCAGAAGGACCCGUCCAUCCUCGUCCACGACGCCGUGCUGCCCGAGCUUAACAAUGAGUUUGCCUCUAUGUUCGUAAUUCGAUGGAUCUAUGCAUCAUACGAUUACCUCUCUGAAGUCAUUGAUGAUAUUCUGCACAACAACUGGCGUGACAUGAUGCCUCUUCUGUCCCUCAUCUUCUCUGCCUUGUUCAUCUUGUUUGGGACUGUGGUCAUCCAGGCCUUCAGUGACUCGAGUGAAGACAAGCAUACUAAUCCAAGGGGAAAGGAUGGAACAAAAGCCGAAAAUGGGUCACCAGGGACCGGUAGUGCUUCCAGUCGGCUUCCCAAAAAAAACUUUGUGGAGGUGACGGAGCUGACGAAUAUCACUUACAUAAGCAACCUGGUAAAGCUGCGUCCGGGACACAUGAACAUAGUGCUGGUGCUCACUGACGCCUCCAAGAACAUCCUCCUCAGCAAGUUCGCCAAAGAGGUCUACACGUUCACGGGGAGCCUGACACUGCAUUUCUCCUUCCUGAAUAUUGACAAGCAUGGCGAGUGGAUGAACACGCUGCUGGAAUACGCCCAGGACGCCAUGCAGAUCGACGAGGACGACGGGGGGAGUCACAAGAUGGACUACACCGGUUUUGUGCUGGCACUUAACGGCCACAAGAAGUACCUCUGUCUAUUUCGGCCCGUCUACACUGGGGAAGACCCAGAUGGCAAGUCCUCCGAGGACGAAGGGGGCAGUGCCGUGGGGAGGUCCAGGUCCGGCUUCCGCGACGACCAUCCGCCGCGCAGAUCCAAACGAUCUCGCAGCUUGUCCACCCUGCAGAUCCAUCACAAACUGGACCGCCUGGGAUUGUGGAUGGAGAGGCUCAUGGAGGGCACCCUGCCUCGCUACUACAUCCCCACGUGGCCAGGACUGGACAAAAUAACCCCCAGUAAAUAGAUGGAGGCAGGUUCUGCCCACGUUUUACACAUGAUGUAUUGGAUAGCCACAGAUGUCUUUUUAAAGUUAGGACAACAUUCCAAAUUAGUGCAACUACUGUAGGACAGGUCCUUUAGCCAACCCCUCUGGCACGCAUCGCAUGCAACUGUUGCUCGUCAUACUUUAUUCACGCAAAUUCUGCAGCUGCUGCUACGGAGUUGUGAAGAGAAAAACUAAAUCACUGUGGCCACCUGAACUCUCCUGCCUUUAUGACCAUCUCUCACACACACACACACACAUACAAUACUGUGACUAGAGAAACAUGUCUCUACUAACACUGAAUGUUUCGCCUUUUCAUGCAUCUCAGCCCAAUUUCUCCUUCACUUCAGUUCCAGAGGAGGCUGACGUGCCCGUUACGGCGUCCUCAGCGCUGUGAUGACGAAGGCCUCGGCCCAUUUAACAACCUCAGUUAGCUGGUAGCUUUAUGUAGCAACUAUUACGAUCAGGCUUGUCCAUUUCAUUACCUGAAUGCUUCCCAAAUGGCCACGAUCGACUGAUGCACCACCAUGAUGUAAUGGGGAUGUAAGUCAAAGUUUGUGUGUGCUUGCUUGGGUUAUUAAUUCCUUAACACAGUGUAAAAACAAAAAAACGUCCUUCAUUAAGUUGUUGGUGCAAUGUGAUGUAAAUAUUGUACAUAUUCAUGUCAUCUAUGGGACCUGUAUUUUAAAAGAGUAUGUAAUUUAAAGGAUUAGGUGAAAGUUUACAUGGAUUUAUCAAAAAUGCUGUAGUUAUGUUUUCACUAAGACUUUCUUUUACAUGCUAGUGUAUGAAAAAAAAGGUGUCUGUUUAUUUCAGAUGUUUCAGUUGGUCUUCAGUGGUGCAUUUAUCCUCCUGUUGGUUGUAAUAAAAUGCUUUAUGUUUGUUAUGUUAUGUUUGCAGAAUGGUACUUUCUUACCAGCUGAUGGCAUUUGACCAGAAAUAACAUGUGCAAAGUACAUGUGGUGACACCUCCACUAAUUGCAUUUAAAAAGGUUUAAUAUCAAUAACAUUGAGGACGACUCUAUUGUAAAACUUUACCCAUUGCCUCAAAGCCUAAUGUUCUGUUAUUUACAAUAAAAUAAUACAGUUUACACCGACAGGGAACAGCAGCCACGUCAUAAGUUGUGUGUGUGUGUGUUCAAGGCAUUCCAAAAUAAUUUGUCUGUCUAACCCUCUAAAAGUCUAAUUUGUUUUUUAUGUUUAAUUGAUGUAUCAUUGCCCUGUGUUCUUUGUUUAUUGUUAUGCACCUUUAACCAGGUCAAAUUCCUUGUUUGUGUAAUAAACCGUUCCGAGUCUGAUUUGAGCAACAUAACUUAUAUUUCAAGUAUAUAUAUAUAUAUAUGGUCUCCUGUCCCGCCCUACGUCCUUAACACAAGUUCGAGUCAAAAUAUUCUUCAAUAAAUGUGUCAAUACAUUACUUUCA